UUCUCUAGUCAGUCAGUUCUAGUUUCUUAUUAUUAUGACGUUAGAGACUAAUUUUACCUUUCAAAGUGUGAACAUUAAAGGAAUUACCACGAGUUACCCUUUACAAUUUUAGAACAAUGGAACUUUAAUCUUAUUCCUAGUAGUAUUUACUGUUACUUCUAGGGUCCUAAUGAGUGAAAGCAGGAACUUAACCUGCAAUCGAUCCGCCGCUCCCUAAUCCAGAUGCUAGACGACUUCGAAGCCGCCGACUGCACACGUUGCAAACUCAUCAAGUGCCGCUGCGAGCCCAACGGACCGACACCUCCGCUGUCCAUUACUGGGUCGAUACCGUCCGUUACUGGGCUUGGAUUGACAGAGGGUCGCAAUGAGCCGAUAUCACCACGGUCCUUCGCUGAGGCUACAGCGUUGGGCGGUCAAGAACUAAAAUCACCGCCAGCUAUCAACCUCCCGCGCCCAGAAUUCCAUUCCAGCAGCGAAUCCAACGAGCAAGCCAACCAGCCAAUCAAAGACGUCGAAUCCUGGGUCAGAGCCAGCACCCCCAACCCUAACAAAACUGAAUCCCCCGGCUCCAAGCCCUACGCCAGCAUUACAUAUUCUUGGGCUCCAGCCCCUAGGUCCGUCUGGAAUGAUUAUAAAGACAAAAUCAAUAGGCCAGAAAUCAAUACGGCGACAGUCAGCCAAAGUGGAAAUGUUCAGGAUUUUUUUAAGUCGUUUAAUGUGAAUAUGUAUACUGUUGGGGAUAAAUCAUAUGUCCAAAAUAGGGCUUUGAUGCAGAAAUUAAAGAUCAUGGCUAGUAAGCAGUCAGGAUAUACUUAUUUCUAAAGCCACAUAUAUGGUCAAUUCAAAGUUUCAUUAUGAUAUUUUAAUGAAGCCAUUUGGUUAUUAAUUGCUAAUGCAUGAGCUCAUGCUUGUCCGCAUACCCCAUUUCAUUUACCAUGGCGGGAUUCCACUUGAAACUGCACAAAGAUAAGGCCGGCUCCCCACUGCUGCGCACGCUAUGUAAACGACCCACGUUCCUACACAAAAUUUCGUGGGCUGUUUGUAUUAAAACCUGGGCCGUGGAUGUAGCGUGCGCAGCAAUGGGGCGCCGGCCUAACCAUUAUAUGGAUCUAUUG